AUGGCCAACGAAGCUCCCGAGCAGAUGCUUGAUGUUUUUCGGACCGCUGCCCUGUCCGUCACAAAGCUGUACAAGUCAUCGAUAACGGCACAAGCGAAGGCCCGCUCAGACGGCUACCAGGAAUGUCUUGACGACCUGCUACAGUUUCUGGACAAAGAACACCUCGGCCUCGGAGACGGCGAGGGCUGGAAGAUCAGGGCGUGGGCGAACGAGCGAUUAGACACGACAGAUACUUCGCCCCAGGUCAUCGAGAGUGACGAUGACGCAGAAAAGCCAGAACCCAUGUCCCCCGAGAUCCAGCGAUCCAGCAACACAUCAACAGCACCACAUCAACAACCCCCAACCCCACGUGUCGACACACAACAACAGGCGGAACCCGACACGCCUCUGGUCCAGGAGAUCACGGUUGACGAGCCCGAGAUUGUAGUCCCUACGCAGGAGACGUUCGACUUUCGCUCAUCUUACCCCUAUCCUCAGGACGCCCCAUCGCCCCUAAACCUAGCCAACCUGCGCCUCUCUGACGCCCGGGGCCACGACCACUCGAUGUCGUCGUCAAACUCGGCACCGCCCUCUAUAUCCGUCUCGCGCCAUCCCGCCCGAGCAACACGGCAUGGCGGCAGCGGAGGACGCAACGGACCUCGCGCAGCAAGCCGGCUCGGACACGGCGCCGGCACCAAGCGGAAAGUCAACCUGGGCGAGUUUUUUGACCUGGGCAACCUCGGCCAAUCAAAGGACUAUUUCGGGGGAUCUGGUGCCAAGAAGAGCAGGCACCUCUGA